CAGAACGUACUCGUAACAAAUCCCGGUCCAAUUGAGAGUUCUUGUGCAGGUCUGUGAUGAGUCUGCGGCGGGCUUUGAUUCCACACAGCCAGCCGGGAGCAGUGCAGCGGAAACGGGGGAGGCGGAUGUGGCGAGGCCCGGCCCCGAUAAAUAAGACAUGAUCCAGGCUGGCUGCACCGCGGCGAGAUGGAGAGGACCUGCCAUGAUGACUCCCAUUGUAAUCUGGUACCUUUUUUAAAGGUUUUGUAAAAGGAGAAACGAUUCGAAUUUUUUUUUAGUGGACCGACGAUCACAUCACCGAGGGGACGCCGAGCCGCGCCCGGCCGUCGGCGCGCUGAGACACGGCUUGGAAGCGGCUGACAGGUCGCUGGGCUGUGGGGCUGCCUGGAGCUCCGGCGGCCAUGAUUGAGCGACUCCUGCGGGGACUAUUUUGUCAUGCGGAUUGGCCUUAAAGUGUCCCCUGGCAAAGGUGUGCAUCGUCCCACCACAUCGUACCCCUCUGAAGUGGCGACUGAUGGUCUCCACUGACCCCUUCUCUCGACUCAUGUGCGAGGCCACCCUGCAUUGUCAAGACGGUCAGAAGCCUGCUAGGAGGAGCGCUUAGUGACGUCUCUUGACAUACCUGCUGUGGUUAAGGACGUGGAAUGUUCUCAAGUGUAGACGCCAAAGAAAUGUGUGUCAACCCCAUCCUGAACUGAAAGAAGUGCCUUGGACAGAACUUCCCAUUCCACGAUCCUGUCUCUAUUUUCAUCUGUUUUAUCUAUUUUUAUAACUUUCUUAUCCACUCGCCAACAUUCGGCCCUCCCUUGCAACAGCAGUCCUCCGCCCCCGCACCAAAUCAUCUGCUCCUUCUCCUCCCUACCUCCAUCAUCACUGCCGCCAUCCUCACCCUCAUCAGCAGCGUCCCUCUUCUUCUCCUCGCUUCUCUCCCCCUGUACUCCCGCCUUCUGAUGAAGUGGUAGCCAUGGCAACAGCUACCGCCGCCUCCUCUUCAUCUUCCCCCCCGCCAUCCUCACCAGGAGCCAACAGUAGCGCCCGGGAACACUUGAUGGCGGUGCGGCGUCGUAACCCGUACGGACGCCCGUACACGAUUGGCCCAGAGAACCUCAGAGGCCUUUCAUCGCAUGGUUCCAUCGAAUCUCCUCCCUCCGUGUCACCGGGCCAGACGGAAAUGGCAGCCAUGGGGCUACAGCGGGCCAACAGUGACACAGACCUUGUGACAUCAGACAGCCGCUCCUCGCUAACAGCUUCGACGUACCAGCUUGCGCUGGGCCAUGGCCACCUCAUCAUCUCAUGGGACAUCAAGGAGGAAGUGGACGCCACCGACUGGAUCGGCUUGUACCACAUUGACGAGACAUGUGUAGCCAACGUGUGGGACUCCAAGAACCGCGGAGUGAACGGCACCCAGCGGGGCCAGAUCGUGUGGAGACUGGAGGCGGGGCCUUACUUCAUGGAGCCCGAGACCAAGAUCUGCUUCAAAUAUUAUCAUGGUGUGAGCGGAGCACUAAGAGCGACAACACCCUGCAUCACAGUCAAGAACCCUGGAGUGACGGUGGGAAGUGACGGUCAUGCUGAGGGCCAGUCAGGGUCAGAGCUCAGUCGCAAAUUGGUCAGCUUCACCUUAUCAGACAUCCGAGCAGCGGGCCUGAAAAAAGGCAUGUUUUUCAACCCUGACCCUUACCUGAAGAUGUCCGUUCAGCCUGGGAAAAGGGGUGGCCUCCCCAAGUUUACACACCACGGCCAGGAGAGGAGAUCCUCCAUCAUUGCCAACACCACCAACCCUGUGUGGCAUGGAGAGAAAUACACCUUCGUGGCACUGAUGAGCGACGUAAUGGAGAUUGAGGUGAAAGAUAAGUUUGCCAAGAGCAGACCAAUUAUCAAGCGCUUUCUGGGCCAGCUGAUUGUGCCUGUGCAGAGACUUCUGGAAGGUCCCACAGCCGACCAACACCCAGUCAGCUACAGUCUGUGUCGCCGCCUUCCUACAGAUCACGUUAGCGGGCAGCUGCAGUUUCGGGUGGACGUCACCUCCAUUGGACAUGAAGCCUCUCCAGAGUUAACAGGAACCAUCUUGGCCAAUGCUGUAAAUGGUGACCCUGGUAGCCCCUCUGACGACGAAGACCUUCUGCACUCCUCAUCCACCCGUGCCGCCCAUGGAGCCUCGCCCACAGGCUCAGAGGAAGGCUCCCUGUUGGUCAACGGAACUUGUUACUACGGCAACAGCAGCGCUUGGCAGGAAGGCACAAUCCUGGCAGCCCAGACUAGCCACACGCACCGGCAGGUGUCCCUCAACGACUACUUGGAUGCUGUUGAGGCCUCUGGGGGCCCCAUGGAGCGACCUCCGACAGGGCCCAGACUCCGCUCCAGCUUUCCUACAGACACACGGUUGAACGCUAUGCUUCACAUAGACUCUGACGAGGACGAGGAGAGCACGGGACAGCGAGGUGACCUAUCCCAGGAGACAAAGCCACAGUGGACUACAGAUGUUGCCUCUUCUGUAGCAUCAUCCGAGCUUCUACAAGGGAGCGAGGUCUCCGAAUCGAGACCCGUGUCGUCAGCAGAAGCAGGUUAUUCUGUCAGUGAGUUGGUCGGUGCCGAAGGAGAACAAACUGAAGAGGAGCCACGGACCAGCAGCAACGCAGACGCAGUUGGAGCAUCGGUGCAUGUUGGUGAAGAACCUGGAGCCAAUGGUUCUCCUCAGACAGAGCAGCUGGAGUCUUCGGGCAGUUGUGCAUACAGCGAGCACAGCACAAGAAUGAGCCAAGACGUGGCUUGCAAUUUGCCGUUCAGCAGUGGCCCGCUUUCACCCAUUCAGGAAGUGGAGACAAGGACAGAAGUGGCUCCUCGGGCAGAAGAGGAAGCCGCAGAAUUAUCAAGCAGCAACAGCCUGGCCAAUUCUGCUCUGACCAUCGCGAGCGACAAUGGGACAUCUGCUGCCACUGCAGGGGCUGUCGGUGAGGAUAUGCAAGGUGAGCCGGGACAGGAGGAGGAGGAGGAAGGUGGUGAGGUGUGGAAGAGACGCUCCCUGCGGGCCGCUGAAGGUGCCUGCAGGGCCCAAGAGGGUCUGAGCGGGACAAUGCCAGAGAGACAGACUGGAGCCACAGCUCAGGUCAACGGCCACAUGUCUGUUCACUCACUGCCGUCUGUACGCCAUGACAUCAGCCGUUACCAGAGAGUGGAUGAGCCCCUCCCGCCAAACUGGGAGGCCCGCAUCGACAGCCACGGUCGGAUCUUUUACGUGGAUCACGUCAACAGAACCACAACCUGGCAACGACCCACAGCCCCGGCCGGCCCGCAGACCCUCCAGAGGUCCAAUUCAAUCCAGCAGAUGGAACAACUGAACCGCAGGUAUCAGAGCAUCCGUAGGACGAUCACCAAUGACAGCAGAGCUGAAGAAGUGUCGGCCAAUGAGCAGCCAGCAGACGAGAGCGAUAGUCUCCCCUCUUUUCCAGAGCUGCGUCGAGAUGGUGGCGCCACCCAGUCAAGCUCUCGGUCGCGCCUUUACCUGCUUCUCCAGUCUCCCAGCGCCAGGUUCCUCACCAGCCCGGACUUCUUCACUGUGCUGCAUUCUAACCCUAGUGCCUACCGCAUGUUCACCGCCAACACGUGUUUGAAGCACAUGAUCAGUAAGGUCCGGCGGGACGCACACCACUUUGAGCGCUACCAGCACAACCGAGACCUGGUAGCCUUCCUCAACUUAUUUGCCAACAAACAGCUGGAGCUGCCUCGAGGCUGGGAGAUGAAGCAUGACCACGCUGGCAAGCCUUUCUUCGUGGACCACAACAGCCGAGCAACCACCUUCAUCGACCCUCGACUGCCCCUGCAGAGCUCUCCGCCCCCAAGCCUCUUGGCUCACCGGCAGCACCUCACCCGCCAACGCAGCCACAGCGCUGGAGAGGUGAGCCCGCGACGCCUGGUGAGCGAAGAGUCCCGUCACGCUGGGCCAACCGUCCCUCCGAGGCCCUCCAGCACUUUCGCAUCUUCCAGUAGGGGGCAGGCUCAAGACGUCGUGCCAGUGGCAUACAAUGACAAGAUUGUGGCGUUUCUGAGACAACCCAACAUAUUUGAGACGUUACAGGAGAGGCAGCCAGAUUUCCACCGGAACCAUUCACUUAGGGAGAAGGUCCAGCUGAUCCGCACGGAAGGAGCAUCGGGAUUGGCACGUUUGUCGGGAGACGCCGACGUGGUUAUAUUGCUCAGUUUGUUUGAGGACGAAGUCAUGUCCUACGUGCCUCCCCACGCCUUACUGCACCCCAGCUACUGCCAGUCCCCUCGCGGCUCUCCUGUGUCCUCCCCGCAAAACUCACCUGGUACUCAGAGAGCAAACGCCAGAGCUCCAGCGCCCUACAAGAGAGACUUUGAGGCCAAACUGCGCAAUUUCUACAGAAAGCUGGAGACCAAAGGCUACGGCCAAGGACCAGGGAAGCUAAAGUUGAUCAUUCGCCGCGACCACCUGCUGGAGGACGCCUUCAAUCAGAUCACGUGCUACUCCCGCAAAGACCUGCAGCGCAGCAAGCUGUACGUCAGCUUUGUGGGUGAGGAAGGAUUGGACUAUAGUGGACCUUCCAGAGAGUUUUUCUUCCUGGUCUCCAGAGAACUGUUCAAUCCUUACUAUGGUCUGUUUGAAUAUUCUGCCAACGACACGUACACGGUCCAAAUCAGUCCCAUGUCGUCCUUUGUGGACAAUCACCAUGAGUGGUUCCGGUUUAGCGGUCGCAUCUUGGGUUUGGCUCUGAUCCAUCAGUACCUUCUGGACGCCUUCUUUACCAGACCCUUCUACAAAGGCUUACUGCGCAUUCUGUGUGAUCUGAGCGACCUGGAGUAUCUGGAUGAGGAGUUUCAUCAGUCCCUUCAGUGGAUGAAGGAUAACGACAUCGAGGAGAUGCUGGACCUCACCUUCACCGUCAAUGAAGAAGUUUUUGGACAGAUAACGGAGCGAGAGCUGAAGGCCGGCGGCGCCAACAUCCCUGUGACGGAGAAGAACAAGAAGGAAUACAUCGAGCGGAUGGUGAAGUGGAGGAUUGAACGCGGCGUGGUGCAGCAGACAGAAAGCUUGGUCAGAGGCUUUUACGAGGUUGUGGACGCACGCUCCGUGUCUGUGUUCGAUGCCAGGGAGCUGGAGCUGGUGAUGGCGGGGACGGCAGAGAUUGACUUGUCUGACUGGCGGAACAACACAGAAUAUAGAGGAGGUUACCAUGACAACCAUAUCGUCAUAAGAUGGUUCUGGGCAGCGGUUGAGAGAUUCAACAAUGAGCAAAGACUUCGCCUUUUGCAGUUUGUGACUGGGACAUCCAGUAUUCCCUACGAGGGCUUUGCGUCUCUGAGGGGAAGCAAUGGACCUCGGCGCUUCUGUGUGGAAAAGUGGGGCAAGGUGACGUCCCUGCCCAGAGCUCACACCUGUUUCAACCGUUUGGACCUGCCCCCCUACCCGUCCUUCUCAGUGCUGUACGAGAAGAUGCAGACGGCCGUGGAAGAAACCAGCACUUUUGGACUGGAGUGAGUGGCCCGCACGGAACCUGUAGGGACCUACUGAAGUGUCCCAGAACAAUCAGACUUUGGAGGCAAGGAGCUUGCAUUUGUUGUCGGAUUUGUAGAACCAUGUGGCCUUGCAGACCACAAUCAGGGAGCGUGAUUAAGACACACCAGACUGGAUUCAGUCUCCAAAAAGGACCUCACAGGAGCUCGGUCGUCAUGAUUGCACUUGUGGGGCGAUUCUGUGAACUUUGUUUUGGUUUCUAAAAAAAAACCAAACAUUUCAAAUGCACAAGAAGAAUCAUUUUUUUUGGGAAUGUAAUUAUUUUUUACCAUGUACAAUAUUUUUUAUCUGUUGUGAAUCAUGGAAUUGCUGCUUCGUUUGAUAACAGAUGCGACAGUCCAGGCUUGUACGGGUUCUCAUCGUCAACUUUUCAAUCUUGCAAGGAUUAAUUGUCACAAUUUGUGGUGAGCUAUCAUUUGUUAUCAAAGCCAGCAGUUGGCAUAAAAACAGUAGGGGUGUAACGGAAGGCAUCCGUCACGGUUUGGUACGUUGCUCGGAUUUUAAGGUCAUAGCUCAUGUUGGGUACAGUAAGGGAACAAAAUGCAGAACAUAAACUGCUUAAUGUAGCUUUUGGGUAAAUCGGUUUGUCCACCAAUAAGAGGCGUAUUGAAUAGUGUUAGGUCCAAUCCCAAUACUCACCCACUCCCACGAGCCCCCCAAAGGAAUUAAAAAGGGGUAGAGCUUUGUAAUCUUCCUUAGGAAUUGGGACACCACUUGCUACGUCACUGCAUCAUAUCAUACAAACGGUAGCAAAAUGUAUAUCGUUAUGAAUUUCAAUACUUUUUGAUACUUUUCAAAAAAGAGGUCAUUAUUGGCCUCAUUUUAACAAGACAUUUAUGAUAAAACCUAUGAUCAAACAUGUUUCUUAUUGCACCCAUAUUAGAAUUAACCUCUUAAGGCCUUAGUGGCCACAUGCGUGGACAGCACCUUUUAGCUCUUAUUUCCAAAAUUGUGUACACUACUGAAUUGGGGUUUUAUGGCUGCUUAUGUGGACACUUAUACUGCCAUCUGGUGGUGUCAGAAGAGUAUAACAUACAAUGGAAUUUGGGAAAAAAAAGUGUAAAAAUAAGAAUUAGCAUGUCACUAAACAUGAAGUACACGUUUGUGUGCUUAUGGACUAAGUACAUCAUAUAAAAAGAUGAUUCUUAGUUUUUUAUUCUAAUUAGGGUCCAAUAAGCGCAAAUAGCAAAGAGAAAUAAAAAAAGCAUGUAAACAAACAGCUUGGGCCUUAAGAGGUUAAAAUGAAAAUGCGCAUUAAACACAUGGACUUUUCCUAUUGCACUCAAACGACAGUUUAGAAAUAUUUUACAUAUUAGAUCAAGCCUGCCAUAAUCUAGAAUUAGGUUGGAAUAGAAUUAGGGCUGCAACUAACGAUUAAUUUGAUAAUCUAUUAAUCCGUCGAUUAUUACUUUGAUUAAUCGAUUAAUAAUCGGAUAAAAGAGACAAACUACAUUUCUAUCCUUUUCAGUAUUUUAUUGAAAAAAACCAGCAUACUGGCACCAUACUUAUUUUGAAUUUUUCUCAGCUGUUUGUACAUGUUGCAGUUUAUAAAUAAAGGUUUAUAAACAAUUAAAAAUAAUAACAGCAUAGCAUAGAUCCAACGAAUCGAUGACUAAAUUAAUCGCCAACUAUUUUUAUAAUCGAUUUUAAUCGAUUUAAUUGAUUAGUUGUUGCAGCCCUAAAUAGAAUACAAAACUUUAUUGACAUUGUGCUUCAUGAUUUAUGGUUGCCAAUACUGAGCUGUGCUUUAAGACAUACAAUAAUUAGUAAACACUGAAAACCAGGCUAAAAGUAUACAGACAAGACAAGUAUCAGGUAAAACACACAUUGUUAAAGACAAAACGUGGAAAUUCAGUCAAUUCACUUGCAUUAUUUUACAUUUCGUAUCAAUAACUACGGGUGUUUUCCAAAGGCAGUUGUACCUUUCUCAAUUCAUUAGUACCACAGUACUUUAUGAGUAGCGGUGUAUUUGUACAACCUGCUAGUCCCACCAUGACACAACAAAUUGGGCAGCAAUGGAGUUAACGACUGAUAUCGUUGUUGUUGUUGUUGUUUUUGCUAAUUCAUCAUGCUUCGGUUGAACAAACAAAGAACAACUUGUGAACAUUUUGAAGGUAUGUAAUGUUAAUGUUUUCACAUUCGCCAGCUUGAAAGUUUUUGCAUUUAAGUAUUAGUAUUUAUUUUAGCCUAAUGUUAGCUAGCAUGGCUAUCUGGCUAACAUUACAAACUCGUUCCAAACUAACAUGUAAUAUAUUAUGUAACACAUUCGCAAGCUUUAAAAGUUUUAGUAUUUAAGUAUUAUUUAGUAUUGUUGACUAACGUUAGCUAGCAUGGCUAUCUGGCUAACACUUAGUAUUUAAGUAUUAUUUAGUAUUGUUGACUAAUGUUAGCUAGCAUGGCUAUCUGGCUAACAGUACAAACUAAUGGUCCAAACUAGCAUAUAAUAAAAUAUAUAACUGUAUUUUUCUCAUGAGCAAGUCAGCAUCUGAAAUGGCUCACUCUGAAGGACUAGAUUUAUACUCCCUACUCCUCGUUAUGCCCACUACCCAAAGAGUCAUUGAGACACUACUACUUUCACGGGAAAGCACAACUUUAGGGAUAGGCCUAAAAAGUAGGCUGAGGGGUGUAUUGGGACUGGGCCUCAAUAGCUUUAGAUCAGUGGUUCUUAACCUUGUUGGAGGUACCGAACCCCACCAGUUUCAUAUGCGCAUUCACCGAACCCUUUAGUCACCAAAAAAAAAAAAAAUGUUUUCAAAUUCAAGACAGUUAUGUUUUUGGUAACACUUUAGUAUGGGGAACAUAUUCUAAGUAACAAAGACUUAAUUUACAGUUUUUUGGACACUAGGGGAACAUAUUCUAAGUAACAAAGACUUAAUUCGGGUCAGGGUUAGAGGGUUAGGGUUAUAAUAAGGCCAUGCAGAAUAAGGCAUUAAUAAGUACUUAAUAAUGACUAGUUAAGAGCCAAUAUGUUACUAAUUUGCAUGUUAAUAAGGAACUAAUUAAUGGUGAAUAUGUUCCCCAUACUAAAGUGUUACCAUAGGGGGCGGUAUAGCUUGAUUGGUAGAGUGGCCGUGCCAGCAACUUGAGGGUUCCAGAUUCGAUCCCCGCUUCCGCCAUCCUCGUCACUGCCGUUGUGUCCUUGGGCAAGACACUUUACCCACCUGCUCCCAGUGCCACCCACACUGGUUUAAAUGUAACUUAGAUAUUGGGUUUCACUAUGUAAAAGCGCUUUGAGUCACUAGAGAAAAAGCGCUAUUCACUUCAUGUUUUUUUUACUGGUGCACAAAAUGAACCGUGCAUGAACAUCACCUUGUUCAAAGAACAAAACCAACACAGUGCAUAAACUCACAACAAAUUACACACCUGCAAAUCAGUGUGACUUCUGCUGUUGCCGUAUCCGUAGUUUUUAUUUACACGAUGAGUCGGGUGUGUCUUGACCUCCGAACCCAUGAGCCCGACUCACCGAACCCCGAGGGUUCGAUCGAACCCAGGUUAAGAACCACUGCUUUAGAAAGUAAGUGUUAGAAGAGUGUGAAUGCUUAUUUAGUUAGUAGUAAAGUUUAUUAGUGAAGCACAGCAUUACAAGUUCUAGCUUGUAGUCCAUUUCCUCGUCUCGACUGAACACACACUCUUAUCCACUUGUUUUGUUUACGUAUUUCACUGUUAAAAGUCAAGUGUUCCCAAACGGAAGAUCAUUUUGAAGCUGUAACUUUUCCUCGGCACUUAUCCCUUGAAAUGACUUCCUGUCCCUCACUUUUAGUGUGUACUCAGUCCUCCUGAACCAAACUGGACAAUAGGAAUAGAAUGUACCGUUACACCCCUCCUACCAUCAUCCACUCAAAUAUACAGUAAAUACAAAUUUGACAUAAGUCAUGAUGAAGCUGAAGAAAAUGUAUAUUUCUUGCAUUUGUGCAUCAUUUAAGCGGAUCCAAUUUAAGGGUCCUUGUGUUGCUCUUAUCCCGACUACACAGCAAUGUUUUUUCACUUUGUGUUUAUUUGCCUGCGAAUGACUGAUUGUACAGUUGUCACUUGGUUGUUGUUCCCUCAAUGAACACACUGCCUUUCCUCUGUCCGUACGAGCAGAGAGAACCAAAGUUUGGGGCAAGGCUGACCCUGUCUUUGUGUACACCGGACCUCACUUUUGCAUAAGAAUGUUGGCAGCACUGUACUGAAAUAAAGUUCCAUCUCUGUCUCUACAAAA